AUGGGUGGCAAACAGAGCAAGAUUACCGACCAGGACAAGGCGAUUCUGGACAUGAAGAUCCAGCGCGACAGACUACACCAGUAUCAGCGCCGCAUCACCGUCCUCACGGAUAAGGAGACGGACAUCGCCAAGCAGAUGAUCGCCAAGGGCGAUAAGAAGCGGGCGCUGCUGGCGCUGCGGCGAAAGAAGUACCAGGAGUCGCUGUUGAUCAAGACGGAUGCGCAGCUGGAGCAGCUGGAGAAGCUGACGGCCAGCGUCGAAUUUGCGCAGAUCCAGAAGGACGUCAUAUUUGGCUUACAGCAGGGCACAAAAGUGCUGUCUGAGAUUCACGCUGAGAUGGGAGGCAUUGAGCACGUGGAGAAGCUGAUGGGAGAGGCUGCGGAUGCGAUUGCGUACCAAAAUGAAAUCAGCGAAAUGCUGGGAACUCGCAUGACGGCGCAAGACGAGGAAGAGGUCGAAGACGAACUCGCCGCACUGGAGGCGGAGAUGUCCGGCGUGAACCAGAAACUCCCCACGGUGCCGAACGCACAGCUUCCGGUUUCGGAACGGCCAGCAGGACAGGAGGAAGCACAAGAGAACCGGCCAGAGAGACAGGCGAUGCUGGCCGCUUGA